AUGGCGGCUGGCCACAUCAAAGUGGCCCUUGUAGGCCUGUCAGCGACCGCCAAGACGUCUUGGGCCCAAGAAGCCCAUCUGCCCUACCUCCUCUCACCGCUCGGCCGCUCACGCUACGAGUUGGUCGCGCUCUGCAACUCGACCGCCGCGUCGGCCGAGGCCGCACGGGCGCGCCACGGCCUUCCCGACACGGUCAGGACCUACGGUGACCCCGCCGACCUGGCCGCCGACCGUGGCGUCGACCUCGUCGUCUGCUGCACGGGUGAUGACGACAACGACGACCAAGACGUCGUCGAUCAAGACCAUGAUGGCGGCAGCAGCCGUGCCAAGACGGCCGCUCCAGCCCUCCGCGCAGGCAAGGCAGUCUACGUCGAGUGGCCCGUCGCCGAGAGCCUGGCGGCCGCCGUGCAGAUGGCAGCCGAGUACGCCGGCGACGGCGCUUCGUCCGCCGGUAGCGUCGGCGGCGGUAGCGUCAGCAGCUUCACCGGGAGCGACUGCUCCAGCCCUUCGUUCCCCGGCGCCGCCAGCAACAACAGCAUCGUCGGUCUUCAGGGCCGUUUGAGCCCCGUCGUGCGUAAGGUCAAGGACAUGCUCGACUCGGGAAGGGUCGGCGGCGUGCUUAGCAGCGAGGUGCGCGCCUUUGGCACCCUACAACCCCGCGAACACGCCGCGCCGAGGAGGAUGUCACGGUGGCGCGGGGAGGGUCGUACGGUUGGUGGUGCAGGCGGCGGCUGUGACGUCGUCGGUUCGUCACUGGCCCACACGCUCGACUACGUGCACGAGGUGCUGGGCGAGUUCGAGGCCGGGACCAUGAGGUGCCGCAUGCAGGUUCAGCGGCCAGCCUUUGCCGCGCGGGUCGGCGGUGACGAGGAAGGGGAGAAAGGGAGUGGCGGUGUGGUGCCUGACGUGCCGGAUCUCGUCGUGGUCCACGGGCAGCUUGCAGGCUUCCAUAACGCUGCACCAGACGCUACGCUGUCCGUCACGUACCGAACCGGACCGCCGUUCAAGGGCCAGCCGGGAUUGGCGUGGACGAUCAACUGCGAGCGGGGCGAGAUCAUGAUCACGAGCCCGAGCGGGCCGUAUCUACACUCGGAUUCAUACGCGGCCGACGGCGAGCUGGAACAGGUCACCAUCCGGGUCCACGACUUCCUCAACGACCAGAUCAUCAACGUCCAUUGGGACUGGGAGGACUGGCAGCUGUCGCUUCCGGUACGGGCCCGUAACGUCGCCCAUCUUUACGAGAGGUUUGGUAGGUGGUGGGAGAAGACGAGGCGGCGGGAGGACGCCGUGUUGAAGAGCAACAUCGGGUACAGUACUGUUGUUGGUGUUGGUGGCACCGGAAACGGUCAAGCCUUGAGGGUAGCCGAGGACGACGACUGGCCCAGGAUACAGGAUGGCAUCGUCAGGCUGAGACAGUUGGAUGCCAUGUUCCGCCAGUAUGAUUCCCAGCGUCUCGCCUAG